AUGGCGGACGAUGAAGAAAUAUUUGAGGACGCCGCAGAACAGGCCGUGUUUUUAGAUGAAUACUUCGGUGAAAGUGACUCUGAUCAGGAUGGUUUUGAUGGGUUUGACAUUGAGGACAUUAACUUAAAUGCUGAAGGGGCAAUUGUAAGAGAAAUCGCCAUGGAUCAGUCAACUCGUGACCGGGAAUUUCCCGAAGAUUUUGCUUGGAGUCGUGAGGAUUCCCCACCUGUCUGUGCCCCAUUUACCGGUAAUCCCGGUAUCAAAUUUGAUACGCAAGGUAUGGAACCCAUUGAUUUUUUCCACAAGUUUAUACCUAAUGAAUUCGUCGAACUUAUGGUGACUCAAACGAACUUAUAUGCCCAAAGAAAGAUAGAAGAAAAUCAAGAGAAUAUGAAGCCCCAUAGCCGCAUUUCCAAAUGGUAUGACGUAACAGCACUGGAGUUGAAGGUAUUUCUUGCACUAUUUAUCACCAUGGGAAUAGUGAAGAAGUCUCAAUUAGAUGAGUAUUGGUCAACAAGUGAAAUAGGAGAAACACCACUGUUUGGAAAACACAUGUCAAAGGACAGAUUUCAUGCAAUUCUCAGUAAUUUACAUAUUGUAAACAACAAGGACGCCAUCCCUGUUGGACAGGUAGGUCACGACCCUCUGUUCAAAGUUAGACCUCUUAUUGAUCUACUUGAUACAAAAUUUACAGAGAUGUAUAAUGCUGAUGAAAACUUGAGCUUUGAUGAAGCCACAUGUCCAUUCAAAGGGAGAGUGAAGUUCAGGGUCUACAACCCUGCCAAACCUAAUAAAUUUGGCAUAAAACUAUAUCAAGUUUGUGAAGCAGAAUCGGGAUACACUGUCAGGUUUGAUGUGUACCAUGGGGAAACAAACUGUAUCAUAUAUUGUGAGGAGUUGGACUUAGAUCCAGAUAUUUCUACUAAAAUUGUCAUUGGUCUGCUUUGUAAAUGUGGAGCCCUAGAUAAAGGUCACAACAUCUACCUGGACAAUUACUACAAUUCUCCAGAGCUAGCUGAGGACCUGAACCUGCUCAAUACAUACAUGUGUGGAACAUUGCGAAAGAACAGGAAGGGUGUUCCGAAGGCUAUCCAGUCUGUGAAGCUGAAAGCUGGCGAUACUAUAUAUCGCAGGAAAGGGAACACGUUAGUGGUACAGUUCCCUGACAAGAGGGAUGUCCAUAUGAUAUCAACAAUCCAUGCAGCCACCGACACUGUACUGAACAAAACAGACAAACAUGGCAUACCCAUCAUCAAACCUACCUGUGUAGUGGACUACUGUGCUAAAAUGGGAGGAGUAGAUCUAUCAGAUCAAGUAAUUCAAUAUUACGACAUUCUAAGGAAGACAGUCAAGUGGUGGAGGAAACUAUUUUUCCAUUUGGUCAAUGUUGCGAUCACUAACGCGUUCAUCUGGUACAAGAAGGACCAGAAUGGUACCGACCGCAAUGUGCAUGUGAAAUUCAGGAAAAGUAUUGUUUCUGCACUGUUGGAAGAAGGGGCAGAUGCCCCCAAGCCUAAAAGUAGGGGAGGAAAAACUUGUACCACAGCGACUGACAGGACGCCACUUUUCAUCAUACAACGUCGCGAAAGAGGGAGCAAAGCGUAA